AUGGCAAGUGAAGGUCACGAAAUCUUUUUCUUUGGCGACCCGUCACAUUUGCCUGCAUGUCUUGCUCUAAUCAAUUAUAUUUUCCCUCCGUCUUCUCUUGCGAUCGGUAUUCUAGGAAACCUCCUGGUUGUCGUUGUAAUGAGAGUUCGUAGGUCCACUACUAAUUCUACAGACAUUUUUGUAGGAGCUCUAGCCUUUUCAGACUUGUUGACAUCAUUAUUCAAUAUUCCUAUUCCAAGGGCACUCCAAGUGCCUGAUAACAUUUUGGGAGCGUGUUAUUGCCGACUGGUACAGACUAGUUGCCUGAUAUGGAUCUGUGUCGUUUCUUCGAGCUAUAUCCUGGUAGGUGCCUCUUUUGAGCGCUUAGCAGCAGUUGUCUAUCCUCUACGCAUCAAGGACAUCUUCACAAACCGCAGGGUUUAUAUCUUUAUCAUAAUAGCAUGGUUGUUUUCAUUUGUAUCAUGUUCCUACUACUUACUGUCAUUCUUAUUUCAAGGUGAUCUUUUGUCCCGAAUCUAUUGUGUACCCACCAAUUCCGAUACUUCUUUAUUAAUAAUAAUUAAUUCGUUCAAUUUCGCCAUACGUCUGAUGGUUCCUACUGUUCUGAUGAUGGUUUCCCAGACAGCAAUGGCCAUCUUACUGCAUCUACAAUCUAUUCGAUUGCGGCAAGCCAUGUCUUGCGGUUCUAAGCAGUCCUAUCAUAUCCUGGCCAGGAAUCGUGUCAUCAAAAUCAUGUUGGUAGUGGUCAUCAUCUUUAUUCUAUCCUGGUCUCCAAGUCAGAUCGCGUUUGUGGUUGUCUCUUUCAGAGGAACGGCUAAAGCCUAUGUGAGCAGCAGCGUCCGCCAGAUUCUUAACUUGAUAACCUUUAUCAACUCGUCCAUCAACCCUUUUAUCUACGCAGCUCACUAUCCCAAAUUUCGUUCUGCUAUAAAAGAAAUCUGUUUGGGUAAAACACAGAAAAACGUACCGUUGUUUGGUAUGGAGACCAUCCGAACCCCCAAUCACGAGUUAAGCACAGAUGGUCAUGCCUAAUCGGUU